UCUAAACUUGUCCCUCGUGCUCUAUGGAGGGAGUAUUACCAGCGAACGGGGCAUCGUCGGAGACCAGUUUACCAGUAACGACAAUAUGCGGUGACAAUGGGGAACGCAAACAGCUCCCAUAAGAUCUCAGCACAAGACCGAGCGAUUCUCGACUUGAAAAACCAGCGCGACAAUCUUCAUCGGUACCAGAGACGUAUUACGGUUCUCACUGACCGCGAAACCGCAAUCGCGAAGGAAUGUCUCGCACGGAAUGAUCGAAAGCGCGCCCUCCUGGCUCUGCGCCGCAAGAAAUACCAAGAGUCGCUUUUGGCGAAGACGGAUGCGCAACUAGCACAGCUGGAACAGUUGACCAGUCAGGUGGAGUUCGCGCUGGUACAGAAGGAUGUUCUCUUUGGGUUACAGCAGGGAACGCACGUUCUCCGAACGAUUAACAAGGAGAUGGGGGGUAUCGAAGGGGUGGAGAAACUGAUGGGGGAAUCCGAGGAGGCGAGAGCCUACCAAGAGGAAAUUAGCCAGAUGCUUGCAGGGUGUUUAUCCAACCAGGAUGAGGAUGAAGUUGAAGACGAAUUGGAGGCUCUCCACCGCGAAGUACAGGGCCCCGUUCAUCUUCCAGAAGCCCCGACUACAGAGCCUCCGGAAUCGAUGCCAGCUGUGCCUGAUGAUACGGAACCUCAAGAGCAGUUGGUAAAGCAGAAAGCCCGAGCCCGUGCCAGAGCGAGAGAGCGAGAGGCUAUUCCGGCCUAAGCUGAUUCCUUUCCUUGACUUGUUGGAUCGGCACCUUUCUAAACCGCAGAAUUGUGAUGACAUGCGCUACAGCAUUCCGGUGUUGGGUGGUUUAUCAUAUACUUGGUGACGAAGACAGUACAUUAGAUUUCAGACUCGUUGAUUCGGUACUUUAAUCAUAGACAAUUCAACAUGAAUUAAAUGCAAAAUGCUGCUUACCC